AUGUCUAAUAAAAAACAUACAGGUGGAAAGCCAAGACAUAAUCUUACAGAACAUAUACUUAUUACAAAUGAAUAUGUUAAUCCAGAAAAACCUAGUGAUAAAUGGUGUUUGUGUCGAUAUUGUGAUAAUAUUGGCGACGAAAUAAAAAUUGUUAAUAGAUGGAAAUUACAAGAAUAUAACUUCACAAAAGAAUCACGAAAAACAAUAAAAAAAAGAAAAAGUUCUGAGUUACAAGAUGAAAAAUCAUAUACAGAUAUCGAUAAUGCACAUUAUAUAGCUCGUAUACUUACUUAUAAAGAACAAACUCAAUUUGAAAAGCAUAUUCUUAAUAUAAUUGUCGAAAAUG